AACGGACUUCACCUCUCCAACUCGUUUCCCCAAUCGAAAUUAGGGCUUUUUUGUUUCUUCAUCGAUUUUGAAGGUAACACCGAUUCUUUCACAAUAUACUUCAAUUGGCGUGAUUUCUUCUCUGUUGCAGUUUUUAGACGGCGAAAUUUCGCAAGGGAUCAUGUGGUCGGUGUUCUGCCGCAACUAUGAGUCCCAUACUCAACAGUCGGACUUGGACCGUUUGUUCUCCAGAUACGGAAAAAUUGGGCGUAUUGAAAUGAAAUCAGGACGUAUGCCAUGGAAAAUGAGCCUCUAUGUUGGCUUGUCAUAUGCAAGGGAUAUCCACGUGCCGGAUCUCUCUCACACACGAAUGGAAAUGUUGCACAUGUUUCUGAUCAUAAUAAGUUAGUACCUGUAGAAUAUGCUUUUGUCUAUUUCGAGGAUGUUAAUGAUGCGACAAAGGCCAUCCGAGAACUUCAAGGCAAUCCAUUUGGGUCUCAAAGACUCAGAAUGCAAGUUAAAUGGGCUGUGGGUAAGCGUCGUGGGCGUCAUGGUGAUUUAGAAUCAAAUCCAAGGCCAACUAGAACCCUUUUUGUGAAACGCUUUGACCCUGUUCGUACUAAAAAUCGUGACAUUGAAAAACACUUCGAGCCUUAUGGGAGGGUUCUUAAUGUACGUAUGUCAAGGGAUGUUGCUUUUGUGCAUUUCGAAACUCAGGAGGAUGCCACAAGUGCCCUGGAGCUCUCCCAGAGUAGUAUGUUAUUUGAUACAGUUCUUCGUGUUGAGUAUGCUUUUAAGGAAGAUAAUGAUAGGCACAGAAGAAAGAAGCGAAAGCGUAGAAAUUAUGCUUCCUCGAGGUUACCUAGUCCAGCAUACCGCCACAGACGAGCAAGUCCUGUUUAUGAUAGGUACGCUGGUCCUUCAAAUCCAAGGGCCAGGAGUCCUAAACGUGUGCUGCGAGCAAGUCCUGUUUAUGAUAGGUACGAGGGUCCUACAAAUCCAAGGGCUAGGAGUCCUGAUCGUGCGCGAGCAAAGUCCCGUGCGAAGGUUGAGACAGUGAUGAGGAAGUAGUAAGUAGCACUAGAAACAAACGUAUGAAAUUUGUGUGAAGUUGUUUUGUAGAUAGACAGAUUCAAUAUGAAGUUUGUUGAUUUGUAAAGUUUAGAAAGUUUGUUGUUCAAAACCUCAAAAGUUUGUAGAUAGACAGAUUCAAUAUGAAGUUUGUUGAUUUGUAAGUUUAAAAAUCAUUCAAUUUUUCUUUUUGUUUAA